GGUUAUUCAACUCUCGGUGCGCACGCUGUAGAAUCCAACUCAUGGAAUGCAAUAUAUACUGUGCAGUCUACUGUAUUGGCCCAGGACGCACCGAGCGGCUCCAGCCUCCGAAGCGACAGACUCGAGCAGCACCUCCCGCAUCAUGGCUCGCUUCGCGGCGGCGUUGGCCCUCGUGAUGCUGGGGGCGGCGGCGGCCGAGAGCGCGUGCCCGGACGGCGUGUGCCCGGCGGAGGGCGAGGAGGCCUCCGCGCUGCUGCAGAGCGCAGCCGCGGCCAGGGUGAGCGAGCACAGGGCCAACACGACGCAGGCGCUGGGGUGCACGACCACGCCCGCGGCCACCUGCGGGAACCCGGACAUCCUCUGCUUCCUGGACACGGAGGGCUGCUCGCCCUCCGGCGCCGGGGUCUGCUGCAAGGCCGCGGGGGGGCCCCCCGCCCCGCCGCAGUGCCGCUUCUGCGGCGUCGGCGGGGGGUGCCCCGAGUGCCCCACGACGACGACCACGACCACGACCACGACCACGACCACGACCACGACCACGACCACGACCACGACCACGACCACGACCACGACCACGACCACGACGAUGGGGCUCGGGUGCACGACCACGCCGGCGGCCACCUGCGGGAACCCGGACAUCCUCUGCUUCUUGGACACGGAGGGCUGCUCGCCCUCCGGCGCCGGGGUCUGCUGCAAGGCCGCGGGGGGGCCCCCGGCCUCGCCGCAGUGCCGCUUCUGCGGCGUCGGCGGGGGGUGCCCCGAGUGCCCCCCCCGCUGAGCAUGCGUCGCCCGCGCGCUCGGCGUCUGUGAAGGGUAGAGAGGCCCGCAAGUGGCCGCUCUCGGAUCAUGAAUACAUGAUAUAACUAAUCCCUUUUCCGCCGAACGUGGGGGCAUGCCAGGCGCUCAGGUGCCCAGUGUGCCCUUCACACGACUCUUCCUCGGAAUAGCCUGAGGAGGAAUUCGAUUCGGCACCAGCGAGCGACUUCCCAACCCUGCCAGUGCGCCCUUGCUUGCGACCUGUCGCUUGAUUGGGGCGCGAGUCAGAGACCCUGCAGCCGGCCGAGUCAGAAAAAAAACUGUGUGCCCGUCGCUCCUGUCGCCAUCACUGCUCGCUGCUCGCUGCUCAGUCGAGCGGUCGCCUUUGGAGAGGCUCAUGUGGCGUUGCCGCGGAGGCCCA